AAAGCCCUAACUACUAAUAUUUUAUUUUGGUGACAUUUUAGCCUUUUAAAAAAAUUUAGUCCAUGUAUUACAUCAAUAAAUAUGGUGUAUUGAAAUUGCAAAUAUUAUAUUGCAUAUACAGUGUAUUCAGAAAGUAUUCCCCUUCAUUCUUUUCACAUUUUGUUAUGUUGCAGCCUUCUGCUAAAAUGCUUCAAAUUAUAUAUAUAUAUUUUUUCACAUCAAUCUACACUCCAUACCCCAUAAUGACAAAGCAAAAUCCAGAUUUUUGAUAACUUUGCAAAUGUACUAAUAAAAAAAAAACUAAAAUAUCACAUUGACAGUAUUCAGUCAAUGAAUACUUAAUGGAAGGUGAACCUUCCUAAUGCUAUUUGCAGUGGCGAUUUUAGGGGGUGUCCUGUGGUGGCCUGGGCCACCCCUGAAAUCUCAUUGGCCACCCUGUGGCCACCCCAGAACUGAUUGGUAGUUCAUCAUGUUCAUCAACACAAGAACGAAGAACCAAUAGAAACACCUGUCAAUCAAAGAUGACGUCUCAGGUCAUUUGUUGAUUUAGAGCCACACUGACCCAGGGUCAGAUUUAUAUUUCUGACCAUUAUAGUAGUGGUGGGACUGAAGCUGUUUGAGCUGAUCUUUGAUCAGUGGGGGGAGGGGCAGGCCGCAGGUGGCCAGGCAGGUGCCGCAGGUCGUGGGCAGCAGGCGCCAAGUCUGGAGUAGAAUGGUCGGUCAGAAGCACGAAGCUGAAACGAGCUAGUGUCUACUUCCAACGAGUUGACGAUGUCGAUUUGUGGUCAAAAAGAAAGCUGUUAUUUGAGAGGUUAUCUGUGUCAUGCAGCAGAAAGUGUGCACACGCAACACAGCGCUGUUUGUGAAGAACGGUCAGGUGUGUGGAGCUGGCGCCCCUCCACAGUAUCCAUUCCGCUGCCCACGAUGUGGAGAGCAUGAACGUUUUCAGAGUCUAGCCUCUCUCAGAGCUCACCUAGAGUACAGCCACCCAUUUCAGACUAAACAUGACAUCAGCCUCCUGUAUACAAGAGAUCACUGUAACACGGACCACAUGAAAGGCUGCAAAAGCUCCAAUUCUGACAUGCAUAAAGUACGUGAUGCUGGCACAAAUACUAAUUCAAACUCAAAUGGGAGAGGAGAGCACAAACUCAUGACUCCAGAAAUGUGCCCUGAUCAGAAGCGGACUUCCCCAGAGAGGAGCAUCAAUGUUGGGGCAACAUCAGCUGGUGUGGGGCCCCUCUCAGCUCCAGUGGUGUCGGUGGAGAAGAGGUUGGAGGGGAUGAUGAGGACAGCCAAUAGCAGUAUGGAACGACGUCUACUGCGGCUCAGCUCAGAGCUGGCUCAGACAGACACAGCCAUACUGUGUGAGCGUGCUCACUCGCACCACCUGGCCCAGGAAAAACAGGAAGUGCUGGAGCGAGAGCGGGCGCUCAGCAGACAGGUUGACGCCGCAGUCAUGGUGAUUGCCACACUGAAGCAACAGCUCAGCAUCUCGGAGCACGAAUUGGAAAGGAGGGAACAGGAAGUCAUUACCAUUCAGAAAUUUCUGGAAGCAGCGGCACAGCAUGAGAUGUGUGGGAAGGUUCGUUUGCGACGGUUCAUUGAGGGCCUGCUGCGGCGGAUUUCGCUGGCAGAGAGACUACUGGAAUAUUAUCAGAGUGCCCCCCACAGGCAUUGUUGCACAGCUCACCCUGUCCCCAUGUCAUCUGAGCUUGGUCCGCAGAGAAUAACUCAAAGCAGAUCUUCAGGAGAGUAUUUUGAGCAAGAUGAGGAGCAGCAGCUACAUGGUCAGUCUGGAUGGGGACUGUCCAAAGCCACUGGAGGCAGACUGGGUUAUGAGAGCUGGCACCAGCGGAGGAGGUCAGAUGGGUAUGAGGUUUAGGGACAGAUGCAGAAUCUAGCAAUGAAUGUAAAUGCAAAUAAUAUUGUUUCAUUAAUAUAUUGAGUAUAUUAACAAAAAUAAGUCAAUAUGAGUUAAAGAUAAAGCCCAGUUAACAAACUCCUCUUAAAGCUCCUCCACACAGAUGUUUUGCAAGACUUCAAGGUGCUGGUAUAGUUUAUUCACCAGUGUCAGCUUUAGUUUUGCACACAUCCACUACAGCGUCAUUCAAUAGCAGAUAGCAUAUUAGUGCUUUGAUACUUAUUUGAUUCUUGAAUAUGAUUAUGCUCCAUCUAUGAAAUAAUUUAAAAGAAUAGUUCACCCCAAAAUUAAAAUUAUGUCAUCAUACUCGCCCUCGUGUCCUUACAAUGAAAGUGAAUGGUGACCACAGCUGUCAAGCAAGAUCACUUUUAUGAUGCUCUUUUGUUCUUUUUGGAGUUUGACUGCCCCUGGUCCCCACCCACUUCCAUUGUAUGGAAAAGGCCAACUCAUAUAUUCUGAUACUCCUCUCCUUUGGUGUUUCAUUGCAGAAAGAAUGUCAUACAGGUUUGGAUUGACAUGAGGGUGAGGAAAUGGUUACAGAAUCUUCAUUUAUGGGUGAACUAUCCCUUUAAUUGUAAAAUGACAUAUUGGCUAUAUUGUGGACACAUGGUCAAACAGCCCUUUAAUUCAAAUAGAUAUAGCUAUUCUACAGGUACAUAAAGAGGAGCUGUAACCUAGUUAACAAUGUUAUGUGCUUGAUUUCUAACAGAUACUACUGUUCAGGACAAUGAAUGUAGUUAUGUUAUCUAAAUAGAGGUUAUAAUGAAACCUGUGUUGCGCAGGUCAGAAGUUAUGCCACUUUAAGCUUAUAGUUUAUUCACAAGCUUCCUCUCACAAAAAAAAUAAGAAAAAUGCACUGUUAUAGAUAGAAAAAAAGAAUGUAGCAAAGACCUAAACAACUUACUCUGAUUUGUGUCUAGCAUCAGGGUUGCCAGGUUUGUGUGAUAAAGACAGCUUAAUGAUAAAAACUACUGUGCAUGUUCAGAUUUCCUUUCAUUUGUAGGCCUACUGUUUAGUGCAAGUAGUAGUAUUAAAGGACUAUUCAAUACAAGUUCAAACAACAGCAUUUGUGGCAUAAUGUUGAUUAGCACAAAACACUUUUUUUUUUUUUACUUGUCCCCUCUCUUCUUUUUAAAAAAAAAAAAAAAAAAAAAAAAGCAGUAAUCUGGGUUACAUUGAGGCACUCACAAUGGAAGUGAAUGAGGCCAAUCUGUAAACAUUCAAAUACUCACUGUUUCAGACCUAUAGCCACAAGACAUAAACAUUAUACAUGUUAACAUGAUUUUAGUGUGAUAAAAUCACUUACUAACAUUUUCUGUGUAAAGUUAUAUCCAAUUUAACAAUUUAAUAGACAACGUAAAAAAAAUUAAUUCAUUAAAUUAAUUAAUGCAAGUGCUUUUCUAAAACAUAAGCUUCUAAUUUUUGCCUUUAAACCCUCCAAUAAUUGGCCCUAUUCACUUCCAUUUUUAGUGCCGCACAGUGCUGGGGGGAUUACUUCUGAAUUGUGACCUGGUACUAAUUACAUGACUAAAAUUGUAGUCAGUUUAAUACCCUCAUUUGAUGGGUUGGUGGGUGUUAAUUUCAAACCCUGUAUGUAAACAAUAAAAAAGUAACUGUAAUCUGAUCACAAGUAUUAUAAAAUGUAAUUUAAUCUAAUUACAAGUACAUAUUAUUUUUGUAAUACGAUUGCGUUAUCCAGAUUAUAUGUAAUCCGUUACUACCCAGCUCUGGUGCCUCACUGUAACCACGAUUUUUAAAGGAGGGACGAAUUGGAAUAAAUGUUUGUGGUAAUCAACAUUAUGCCACAAAUACAGUCGAUUAAGCUUGUAUUGAUAAUGGAAUAUUCCUGUGUAUGACUGUCUUUCUUCUGCAGAACACAAACAAAGAUUUGUAAAAAAAUUAUUCAGCUCUGUAGGUCCAUGCAAUGCAAUUUAACAGGGCCCAAAACUCUGAAGCUUCAAAAAGCACAUAAAGGCAACAUAAAAGUAAUCCAUAUGACUUCAGUGGUUAAAUCAAUGUCUUCAAAAGCAUUAUGGUAAGUGUGGGUGAGAAACAGUUCAAUAUUAAAGUCCUUUUUUGCUAUCAAUCUCCACUUUUACAGUCUUCUUCUUUUGUUUUUGUUUUCCUACAUAUCACCACCUACUGGGCAGGGAGGAUAAUUUAUAGUAAAAAAAGGACUUAAAGGGAUAGUUCCCCCCA